AUGGAUAUCGGAUUCUCGCCGCGGUCCUCGCAGCGCCCACCCACGAAUCAGCCCGAGUCGGAUGAGGAAAAUGCCUACAGUGAGGAUGAGAGCGAGGGCGGAGAAAACGGCGAGAGGCCCCGCAAGAGACCGCGGCGGCCGAUGUCUGUCUCAUGCGAGUUGUGCAAACAGAGAAAGGUAAAAUGCGAUCGUAGUCAGCCAGCUUGCGGUUGGUGCUCCCGCAAUGGCGCAAACUGCGAGUACAAGGAGCGAAAGAAGCCAGGUCUCCGAGCUGGAUACGGCCGGGAGCUGGAGCAGAGAUUAGAUAAACUGGAAGACGUUCUUCGCUCGCACGCCCAGAUUCUAGAGUCCUUUACGAACAACAGCAAUAGCCUCCCCAGCGAUCACGACACGCCUCAGAGCAUGCCUGGUUUCCGGUCGAAUGAUGGCCCUCGCGGCCACGUGCCUCAUGCCGAGACUGCGUUAUUCCUCCAGAACCCCUCCCCCUUUCCAGGAGGCCAGCAAAUGGAGUUUGGCAACCCGGUGCCUCAGACUCCCACCAGUGCCACGAUAUCUUCAUUGCAUGGUGAUGUUUUCCAGCAAGGGAUGCAACAAACCAAUCACCCCCAUAAUCAAGCUCAUCCGCCGCGGGCAGCACAAACUAGUCAGGCUGGGGACUUUUAUAGCACAACACAACCACCGCUCCAGUCACCAAGCCUUAAUAUCACUCAGACCCAAACUGAACUUACCUCGGACAACUCCCUCCCUCCUUAUGACCUCCUCUAUGCUCUCGUGGAUCUUUACUUCAAAUACGUCAACACAUGGUGCCCUAUACUACACCGACGAUCGACACUAGACUCCCUGUUUGGUGCCUCUACGCUAGAUGAAUCUGAUAGAAUAUUGUUACAUGCAAUUGUUGCAACGACCUUGAGAUUUUCCACCGAUCAGAGACUCACGGACGAACGACGGCGGCAUUACCAUGACAUCUCGAAGCAGAAGGUUUUGCUGUACGGGUUGGAGAAUUCUUCAGUCAAGGCGCUACAAGCUCUAGUCAUAUUAGCUCUGGAUCUUGUGGGUAGUAGCAACGGGCCGCCGGGAUGGAAUUUGUUAGCUCUGAUAACCCGAUCCGUCGUCCAACUCGGCCUUGCGGUUGAGACGACAUCAUUUUCAGUGUCGCCGGUAUUCCCGUCCAUAUAUACUCUUCGCGCUAUGGUAUUGCCAGAGCCGGAUAACUUUAUCGAAGAGGAGUCACGAAGGAGGCUUUUCUGGAUGGUAUAUCUCCUUGAUCGAUACGCUACAAUUGCCACGGCAUUCGAGUUUGCUAUGGACGAGAAGGAAAUUGACCGCACGCUGCCAUGCCGUGACGAUCUGUGGAACAAGAACCAACCUGUUCAGACAAGGUGGUUCCGCACGAGCGAACGAACUGAAUAUGGAAUCGACAAGCCGGAAAAUCUGGGAGCAUUCUCCUAUUACAUUGAAAUCCUUGGCAUUUUGUCGAGGAUCCACAAAUUUCUUAAGAAGCCUGUUGAUAUCAGUGCGCUGUCGGAUGUGGAGCAAUGGCAAGGGGAGUACCGGGAGUUGGACAACAUGCUCACGUCGUGGAAAUUCAAUCUUCCUAGCGACUAUGGUAAUAUGGCGAAGUUGUUCCAACCGGGCGGUAACAAGUCUAUCAACUGUGGAUGGGUCAUGCUUCAUGCAACAUAUCAUACAACGGUAAUUCGACUACACUCAUCUGCAGCGUAUCCAACAACCCGCUCCCCAAUUUUCACUCCCUCAUACAGCGCAAGCCAACGGUGCCACGGGGCGGUUGAGAAUAUUGCCGCCCUCGGCGAGUUCGUCGUUCAGAACGGCAUGCUACCGAAACUCGGACCUCCCUUCGCAUUCACGCUGUGGGUAGCCGCGCGACUCUUAUUAGUCCACGGCUCAACAAUAGAACACAAGCUCAGCCCACAGAUCCAGUUCUUGGUGGAUACCCUUGGGGAGAUGGGUCGCUACUGGGCUGUUGCCGAACGAUACACGGCCAUCCUCCAACGAGUUCUAGACGAGCAUCGAGAUUCCGAGCAUUCUGCUGGGGCUAAUGGAGAGCGCGUCACGCCAUCCUCAGUUAAGAUUUUGGCAGAUAUGCGGCGUUGUGCGUAUGACCUGGAUUUCUUGAUCUCUAGACAACCAAAACAUGUCGGUCUGGUGACGAGAAUGCCGAGCGUUACGCCGGCCCGGACACCGGCGCCGAACGAGCUGGAGUACUUGGAUGUUUUUGACUUUUUUAAUUUCCCGAGGCUACCAGUUGCUCCGGGAGGAGAUAUGGGGCAUGCUCAUGGUAAUGGGAAUGAGCACGGGGUUGGCGAGAUGGUACCUACUGAAUUGAGCAAUGGCGCUAAUGAGUUCAACAUUACGAAUUUCAUGGUGGAUGCGAACUCGGAUUGGCUGUUUAAGAACCAGACUUGA